CGAAAUCACGUGGAACCUUAUCUACUGGCUUUUAAAUGUAGCAGCGCUCUGCCGUUUCACAUUCACUCGCUUGGUAAGCCCUGUGGAGAGUACAGACACACACCGCAGCACUAUGGCAGGAAAUGUGCUCAACGCUACAUUAAACGACGGUAACAAGAUGCCUUUAAUCGGCCUGGGCACCUCAAGGGAAUUGGGUGACGCGCUCAAAACUAUGCUAAACUUAGCUCUUGAAAUCGGCUACAGGCACAUCGACACUGCCCACGCAUACCAAAAUGAGGCCGCCAUAGGAGAAGUGCUGAAGACGUGGCUAGACUCUGGAAAGAUCAAGAGAGAGGAGCUAUUUGUUGUCACCAAGCUACCUGGCAUGGGUAACCGAGCAGAGAGUGUCGAGAAGUACCUCAAGCAAUCUCUGCAAGAUCUGCAACUGAGUUAUGUCGAUCUGUACCUCGUUCACAGUCCCGUUGGCUCAAUUGAAGGUACUUCAAAUAAUCCUAUGGAUAGAGCCGUUGACAUGAAUACAGAUCAUAUCAGUCUUUGGAAGGCGAUGGAGGCGCAGGUGGACGCUGGCAGGGCCCGCUCCAUCGGCCUGUCCAACUUCAACGCGCGCCAGGUGAAGCGCAUCGUGCGGGCGGCCAGGAUCCCGCCGGCCAGCCUGCAGGUCGAGCUGAACGUGUACUUCCAGCAGCGGGAGCUGGUGGCCUUCUGCCGGGCGCUGGACGUCUCCGUGUGCGCCUACUCGCCGCUGGGCUCGCCCGGGUCGCGGUUCAGGGCCACAGGGAACUGGCCAACGCAGGACCCAGUGGUAUUGGCUGUGGCCAACAAACACAACAAGACCGCUGGGCAGGUGCUCCUGCGGCACCACGUGCAGCGAGGCAUCGUCGCCAUUCCCAAGAGCACCAAUCCCAGCCGUCUGAAGGAGAACCUGCAGGUAUUUGACUUCCAAUUGGAUGAUGAGGACAUGGAGAAGUUAGCAGCGCUCGACAAACGAGCGAAAGGACGCAUGUUUUUCCAAAAUCAAAGUAAAAGCUCGGAAGGCCAUCCUGAGUACCCGUUCAAGGACCUCUACUGAAUUUCAAGAUGUUACUCAGAAAAUAAACAAGGACAGAAAUUUUUUUAUGAAUUAGUACAUCAGUUUUGGAUACUUAUGCCAUACAGAUUUAUACAUCUUGAUGUAUUACUUGGAAAUAUUUGUUAUAAAUUAUGUAGAUCUAUUAAAAACUUUUUUCUUGAGGACUAA